UGUUUAAAGUCCACCAAAAAUAAUAUCAAUUUAUUUUGUUUUAAAUAAUUAAUGAUUUAAUUAAUGAGUAAAACAUAUUUAAAACUAAUUAAUUGUUUAGUAACACAUGUAUUGCCUCUCGAAGUGUAUGUAAUACAGGAUUGCAAUCAUUAAAAGCAGUGUUUUUGUGGGAAAAUUGAAAAUCUGCACCAAAAUUGUUGUCACAUUUCUCUCGCAUCCCAUUAAUAGUCACUCAUAUAUCGCAUACAAGACAUGACACAAACAAUGAAAUGGUGGCCAAACACACCACUCAUCCAAACCAUUCAAUUGUAUUUAUUGACAACUCUUUUACUGAGUUUACAAGCCUUUGCUCAAUAUCAACAACAACAACAAUAUGAUGCCACAACAGGGAGGAGCGCCACAACACUCGAUCCAUUCUUACGGCACCGGACAACAGGGCGGACAACAACAACAACAGUACCAACAGGUGCCACAUCAGGCACAGGGAGGACAACAGCAGCAACAGUAUCAACAACAGGGGCAAGCGGUGGCACCGGGAGGUCAGGGCGAACACGUGCCUCAAUACCAACAGGCGCCACAACACGGCUCUAACGUAUUGCAUGACUCGCAACGCAUACACGAUAGACAGCACCUGAAGGAGCACUUGCACGGAGCGGUCGGCGCCGACGAUCUCAGCAAAAUGUCUGAAGAGGAGCUCCAGUUUCACUACUUUAAAAUGCAUGACAACGAAUGACAUUUAUUAGUGAGUGUACU